AUGAUUAAGAGAGAUCAUGUGCUUAUUAUAGCAAAUGUUGAUGCUGAUGCUGUUUGCGCUUCACAGAUAUUACUGGAUUUAUUUGUGGCAGAUGAUGUAGCCUAUACACUGGUGCCAGUAGAUGGAUGGGAAUGUUUUCGGACAGCACUGAUGGAACAUGGUGAGCAAGCACAUUCUGUUGUGCUUUUCAACUGCGGUGCUACAGAAUCACUGAUUCCAUAUCUCCGACCUGGUAUGACAUUAUAUGUGAUUGAUUCCAGACGACCUUUGGAUUUAUCGAAUGUAUAUUAUGAGGAUAAUAUCCGCCUUAUUGUGAGUAGGAAUGAAUGGGAGCAACUAGAUAUUCCAAACAUCUGUGAUGUUGAAAUCUCAGAUAGUUCAUCUUCCGAGGAAAGUGGCGAUGAGGUUGAAACUGGAAUAGAUACUAAAAAUGAGAGCGGUUUUCUCGAAAGGACAGUACAACUGGAAGAAGAUGAUGAAGCUAACGAAAGUCAAACUUCUCCAAGUGAACAGCUAGAAAUUGCAAGAAGUUCAAGUGACGGGGAAAAUGAAGUGGAAAAAAGUGAUGCUGGUGAUACGGAGCGAACUGAUGACAGAGAACAGCUAGAAGAAUCUGCUAGUAGGCGCAGAAGGCGAAUCAGUGAUGUUGCAGAUUCAGUCGGAAGACAAGAAGCAAAACGGCGACGACGGAUGGAACUUAGAAGACAUCGUGAAGAUGUUCUGUGGAAAUACCACGAAAAUUCCUGGUAUGGGCCAUCGAGUGCUGUGCUGAUGUUGGAAGUAGCGCACUCCGUUGGUCGAACUACUGUUGAAAUGAUGUGGUCAGCUGUAGUCGGGAUAAGUAGCCAGCUAGUGGAGUAUUUAAUAAGUCAUGAUUGUUAUACAACCGUUUGUUUUGAUCGUUUAAGGGCAUUCAGGAUGAAAUUUUGUCCAGAUGGAUCAGAUAUUGUACGAGGUGAUGAUAUCCUUCGACUGAAGUUCGAUGAUGAGAUCAUGUUGCCUUUAUAUGCACACUGGUCAUUAUACACAAGUAUGAUGCAUAACGAUUUUUUCUUUUGUUUAACACAAAUGUGGCAACAAAGUGGUGCUCUCAUAAUGAAGGCAUUGUUGGCUGAACUUGAGAUAACGCUGGAAGAAAGUCAUCAAGUGUACAGUGCGCUAACAUCGGAAAGGAAGGAAGCCAUAUUUCGUCACAUAUAUAAACAUAUGGAUGAUGAAUUUGCAUCUUUUACGGCUCAUAUUGGAUACAGUAACAAGUACAAUUCGUGCGAUUUCGCGCGUGCCAUUGCCGGACGUAUAAGUUAUGGAGUUGUGGAAGUUGAAUCGCCUUAUGAUCGUUUCAUUGGUGCACAAGAAAUCUUACAGAAAUUCAUAGAAGAAGGAGAUAAGACACCUCUGUCGAAAGCGAUUGAGUCGUACAAAAGCUGUUUGACUAGUCUUGUAAAUCUCGUUUUUAUGUCAAUCAAUCAAAGCCUUAUUGUUUCUGUUGGAUCUUUCUAUCUUCUCUGCCUUCCUCAGGAAGAUGAAGCGCGUAUUUUACAUUGUAGACAUUUCCUCUAUAUAUUCAUUCAUUAUGUUCUUCGAGCAUUCACUGUUUCAAGCCACUCAAAAAAUCGUGCCAAUCGACCAUUAUUUGUUGCUGUACCGAUGAGUGGUGAAAAUACUGGUUGGUUUUUGAUAACUGGUUCUAUGCCUGCAAAUACCGAUUAUGAAGACAGUAAUCAAAAAAGUUUUAUUGGACGUGCAAUGCAGAAAGUUGUGGAAAAUUUUAUGCGUGAUGGUGCUCGACGGGAUUUUUUCGAUUCUGCAAUGGUUAUGAUUCGUUCUGAUCAAAAAGCUAGAUUUUUCGAUGGCCUUCAAGCAACACUGGAAAUCGAAUGAAGUUUCGCAACAAUUUAUCACCACAUCGUACUUGGGGAAGUUUUGUGAUCUCUCUACAUGUCACACUGUAUAAGUUCCAUGUCUUUCUGUUUUUUCUUCCCAUUACUUGAAUUUCUUUCCAAGAAGUAACAUUUAGUCGUUUUCCCGCUUCUUUUUAAAAGUCUUUCGUGAUAUCUUUCUUUGUGGGAUAAUUUUAUAACAUCAUUUUCUGCCAGUACUACAUAGCAUUAAUCGUACAGAUUUUAAAUCCAAA